GCGCAGCCCUGUCGCGCCCACAGCGUCCCCUCUCGGCCCGGGUGGCCCACCACGGCCCCCCGGCCUCCUCCAUGAAGGGGUAUCAUGUCAGCCGCAGCCUGUCCCAGCACUCUUCUGGCGGGGGGCACACACAAUGUGACCCGGGCCCUGGCUCCGUCCGAGAGUACCACCGCCACCCCUCUGAAAACUACGACCGGGCGGGGCACCCCUUCUACCCCCCCAGUGGUCCCCCAGAACCCCUAGCUCUGGAGCAUCGCUCCCACACCCACUCUGGAGGGGGGACGUUCCCCCGCUCCCACCCCAACCAGCAUCCCCCGACCCAGCAGUUGUACGACUCAUGUGACGAUUGUCUGUCCACGGUGGGGGGUCACGGGGGUAAGAUGCAUCGCAUGCCUCCUAACCUCCAGGAUCAGUUUGAAAAGCAGCUUCCCUUCCACCCUGACGGGUUCCACACCCUGCAGUACCAGAAGAGCGCCAGCGGGGCGGAACAGCGCGGCGAGAGCCCCUCCCGUAUCCGCCACCUGGUUCACUCAGUCCAGAAACUCUUCGCCAAGUCCCACUCCCUCGAGGCGCCGUCGAGGAGGGACUACAACGGCACACGAGGAGGAGGAGGGGAUCACCGGGAAAGAGGAGGAGGGGGGCCCAGGAGCGGAGGAGAGGAAGGUGGCGGGCAUAAUAAUUCGGGCCACCAAUCCCGCUCGGCGAGGCGCAGCAAGUCCCGCGAGCGCUCCAAGAGCGGGGAUGGGCGCCACGAAUCCUCCAGCAGGCGACACAGGAGCCGAACCGCGGGGUGGUGGAGCUCCGACGACAACCUCGAUAGUGACAGCAGCUUCUUGGUAACCGGGGGCAACACCGGGCCAGGUGGUCGAGGUGGCGGGCGAGGCGGAUACCCCACGGGCCACGAGAGUCUGGACGCUGCCAUCCAGGAGCUGACCAUGAAGAAACUGCCCAGACAGGGGAGUGUACCACCAGGGCCCGGGCCGGGGGAGUGCAUGGCCUGUACCACUAUGGCCCUGGCAGGGGGGGAGGGUGGCGGAGGGGGAGUGGCAGGGUACCAUGGAGGGCCAGGGCAACACUCUUUGAAGAGGAGCACGUGGUCGGCCAUGACGGUCAGCCAGGCUAGAGAGGUGUACCCAUCGUCUGUCCGGGGAGGAGGAGGAGGAGGAGGAGGAGGAGGCUAUGACAAGGCCUUGGUGCCUCUGGAGAACAAACUGAAGGAGAGGACCUUUCACUACCUACAGGUCCCGUCAGACGGGGUGGAGUGGGGUGGUCCUGACGGAGGGGGGGAGAUCCCCUGCAGGCGCAUGCGGAGUGGCAGCUACGUCAAGGCCAUGGGAGACGACGAUAGUCAGGACUCUGACGCCAGUCCUAAAACCUCUCCUAAAACCACCAUCAUCGCCCAGAGAGAGGCCUUCAGACGCUCUGUCAGCAUGGACCACAGGUACUCAUGUAAGCAGUGUGUAGAUUCUACUCUUCCCUAUGCUAACAGCCGAGCCAAGCCCAAAAGUCACGCCCGCUCUCGGAGCUACACUCGUUCUUUAACCAGCUCACAGCUGGGUGACUCUCUGAAUCGUCAGUUUGAGGCGGUGUGUGAGACCAUGUUUGGAGAGAUUGAGAGUCAAGCGGUGGAAGCCUUGGAUCUACCUGGAUGCUUCCGGACCCGUUCCCAUAGUUACGUCCGUGCCAUCCAGGCCGGCUGUUCCCAAGACGACGACUGCCUGUCCGUCUUCUCCAUAUCGGGACCCCAGGGUAGCAUCAAGGGAGGGGCCAUUUUCCCAUACCGUAAGGGUGGCCCUCCCCCACUCCCUCCUCGUAUGUCCAAGCCUAUCAUCUCUGUGAGGGCUCAGAGUAGUACAGAGUCUACCCAGGAUAUCUACUUCCAGAACACAGGCCAGCCUGCCCUGGGACGACCCAGGCAACACCAUAGCCACUCUGUCGACCUGGGAAUCACUGAUGUUGUGGUGUCUGGUCAGACCUCCAGGAGAACCAGUUACUACACAGGACAAGGACAAGGCCGCUCGCGCCAGCACUCCAACUCAGCCGAGAGUCUGGACGGGGUCCUCCGGGGCGGGCGGGAGAUGAUGCCCUAUGGAGGAGGAGGACAGGGACCCAUCAGAGUCAAACAUAGUGGCUCCGCGGAUAGUCUCUUGGAGGGGCAGGGAAGGGAGAGGGGAGAGAGGGAUAUGAGGCGGGCAGGGGGGAGUCUGUGGAAGUCUGCCUCCCUCCCACAGAACAGUAUGGUGCUGAGUAAGAUGGGAGGAGGAGGAGGAAGAGGAGGACAGGAGGAGAACAAGACGGAGGGAAGAGGAAGGAAUUGGAGGCCUUCUAUCGCUGUACAGGUGGACAGCCCGGGGACCCUGACAGACUCGGACGCGGAGAGCAAGGCUCUGAGAGAGGUUCACUCUAUAGGAGUGCAGGUGGAGGAAGACAAGAGGCGUGCUCGGUUCAAGCGCUCCAACAGUGUGACGGCCGGCGUCCAGGCAGACCUGGAUCCAGAGGGGGGUUACCCAGGCCUCACCUUCGCUGUUCCUACCCAGGAUAAGAGCCUCCAGUUCCCAGGCCACACCAUCGCUGUUCCUACCCAGGAUAAGAGCCCCCAGUUCGGCUGCUCCUUCCAGAGACACUCCUCAGAGCCAGGGUCAGCCGACCAGUACGCAGAGUACCACCGCACGGUGCACACCCAGGGCCAGUGGACCUACAGAGAAGACUAUGUCCAGGAUGGUUACGCUACAGACAACCACCAGAUCCCCCCGCUGCCCCCGCGGGCCCACUCCCCCCUACCCCUCGCUGCAGACCGUGGAGGCUGGACAGGUACACCCCAGCCCUCGCUGGAGGGGGGCCCUCGGAGUCUGCCUGACUCUGGUCGCGCCUCGCCCUGUCUGAGAGACGGAGAGUUUUUCCUACGCCUCCUUCAGAUGGAGGUGGAGAGGAUGGAGGGAUGGUGUCAGAACAUGGAGAGAGAGGCGGAGGAGAACGAGCUGCCGGAGGAGGUUCUGGAGCUGAUCCGUAACGCGGUGGGCAGUGCCCAGAUGCUCAUGUCUCAGAAGGUCCAGCAGUUCUUCCGUCUGUGCCAGCAAAGCGUGGAUCCCUCAGCAUACCCCCAGCCCACCUCUCAGGACCUGUCCGGGCUCUGGGACCUGCUCCAGCUCAACAUGGAAGACGUCAGGGUCAAGUUCCAGCACCUCCAGAGGCUCAAGGACUCCGGCUGGAGGCUGCCCCCAGACAAGAAGGAUGACAAGAAGCUUCCUCCCCCACUACCAAAGAAGCCAGCUGGGGGGGUGAGCGGCAGUCUCCGUGCCGACAGCGUCAACGACCUCUCAGUGGAACGAGGGGUAGGAGGAGGCGGAGGGGUGCUGGUGAUGGCCCGUAGCGGGGGUGUGGGACGGGCCGUGCCUAUCCGGGAGAAGUCCUUAGACCUGGGGGACAGACAGAGGACUGAGGCACGCAGGAGACUGCUCCAGACCAAGAGGUCCUCUUCCUUCAGACAGAACUCAGCCACGGAGAGCGCCGACAGCAUCGAGAUUUACAUCCCAGAGGCUCAGACCCGGCUCUGAACAUGGAGAUGGAGAGCCCUUUAUCCCAGUGAACAGAACCGACCCGACGCCUGGGAUAGCCUAAAUAUAGAGAUAUAGCUAGCUAUCCCACCCUAGAGCGACCACAACCAUUAAGAUCUACAUCCCGGAGGCUCAGACCCGGUUCUGAACACUGGAACCAACUAAACGUGGAGAUACAACCUAUUUUCUGAGGAUCCUAGAUCAACCAAAACUCUCCCAAGUUCCAUGCACUGAUCCCCCCCCCCUCAUCUCCCAAUGACGAUAUAGGCCAUACUGACUUUCUCAAGCCUUCACUGUUGGGGGAUGCUGGGUCCCAUCGUCAUGCCAUUCCAAGGACAAGGCAAGACAGAAGGGGAGAGCCAUUUGUGCCCUGGAACUUUGAAUCCCCAAUAAACAAACACAAACAAUCUGUAGAGAGAAUGAUGACUACGGGAUCACAGUUGACUCCACACACACAUUUAUUUCCCUCAUCUCGGGGGGAGAGAGAGAUAGAGCUGUAAAAUACAGUGACAGUCAUGCAAUAGUAGCAUGUCUGUGCAUGCCUGUCCACCUAUAGCGUAGCCUAGCCAAGCCUGGAAUAGCCUAGCCUAUCUUAGCCUCAGCUCAUCUUAGCCUCUUAGCCUAUUUUAGCCCAUCUUAGCCUUUUAGCUCAUCUUAGCUCAU